GUAUAGCGGAUCCGCAGCUCCAUCUGCAUGCAGAGACGAAACCUGAAGAAAACGCGCACUCAUCCAUCAUCCAAUUCCACUGAUCGCAGAAGUGAAUGCACCGCUCAUCUGAGCGCUGAACAGGCUGCGCUCUUCUUUGUGCAUCAGUCCUCCUGCUAGAACAGAUUUCGCAUUAGCUCUGGCCACGGAUUCAGCGCCAGUAAGCUACUUUUGGAUACAUCAGUUAUUCAAAACUAUCUACAAACGAUUUACACAAUUUUGUAUUGCUGAGGUAUUUCAAAGAAAAAUGUAAUAUAUACUAUAUUGCCUAUUUGACAUAUUAGACAUACCUGUUAUGUGGCAAUGACCGUCACCACUUUGGCGCACAAGAUACCACUGUGCGCAAUGGGAGAACAGGUGCAUUAUAUGUUAAGUGUAAGCCACAGGGCAGAAUGUUGCCUUCCGUUGGAUUGUCAGUGAUGGUCAGAAAACUCUUGGCUGAAAUUAAACCAUUCCAAAAUGGAUCUAAUGUGACGUUAAAGUUUACAAAUAAAGGUGGGAUGUGACACUAGUGUCCCCUAUCUCAACCCUGAAACAGACCCAACCCAGCCCUCGUCCCUGUCAGUAUGGAUCUCUGGCCUCUCCUCCCAUCAUCCCCCAACCUCUCCCUCCCCGAGCCCCUGUACUAUGACAGCUACUUCCCAGGGAACGAGUCCGACCUGGGGUCCCGGAAUGACACUCCUGACGAGACCCAACAGGUCUUCGACAAGACCAGCUCCGUGGUUAUUACCUUCAUCUACUUCAUGGUCUGCGCCGUGGGCCUGACGGGCAACACCUUGGUGAUCUAUGUCAUCCUGCGCUACGCUAAGAUGAAAACAGUCACUAACAUUUACAUCCUGAACCUGGCCGUGGCUGACGUCCUCUGUAUGCUGAGUCUACCCUUUAUCGCCAUGCAGCUGGCCCUGGUCCACUGGCCCUUCGGCUCCGUGCUCUGCCGUCUGGUCAUGACCGUGGACUGCCUCAACCAGUUCACCAGCAUCUUCUGCCUCACAGUCAUGAGCAUCGACCGCUACCUGGCCGUGGUCCACCCCAUAAAGUCCACCAAGUGGCGGAAGCCACGCGUGGCUAAGAUCAUCAACCUGACCGUGUGGGGAGUGUCCCUGCUGGUCAACCUGCCAAUCAUGAUCUUCAGUGGUCUGAUGCCCAAUAAGAACGAGGCGUGGGUGUGUACCAUUGUGUGGCCAGAGCCUCAGGAGGCCUAUCAGACGGCCUUCAUGUUCUAUACCUUCUUCCUGGGUUUCUUCCUGCCGCUCGCAAUCAUCUGCCUCUGUUACCUGCUCAUCAUCGUCAAGGUGAAGUCGUCAGGCAUGCGAGUGGGCUCAACUAAGCGUAAGCGCUCGGAGAGGAAGGUGACCAGAAUGGUGUCAAUCGUAGUGGCCAUGUUCGUGCUCUGCUGGCUGCCCUUCUACGUGUUCAACGUCACCUCGGUGACGGGCACCAUCAACACCACGCCUGUCCUCAAGAGCACCUUUGAGUUUGUGGUGGUGCUGGGCUACGCCAACAGCUGUGCCAACCCCAUCCUGUACGCCUUCCUGUCAGACAACUUCAAGAAGAGCUUUCAGAACGUUCUGUGCUUGAAGAAGGUGGCGGGCCUGGAUGAGGCGGAGCGCAGCGACAGCCGCAUGGAGCGGACGCGCAUGGUCAAAGACGUCACCGCCGAAACGCGCAAUGCAGCGCUGCUCAACGGCGAGCUGCAGACCAGUAUAUGACCUGUUUGCCAGAGUGUGUGAGACAGUGUUUGUGUGCGUGCUUGCUUGCAUGUGUACGCGUGUGUGUGUGUGUGUGUGUGUGUGUGUGUGUGUGUGUGUGUGUGUGUGUGUGUGUGUGUGUGUGUGUGUGUGUGUGUGUGUGUGUGUGUGUGUGUGUGUGUGUGUGUGUGUGUGUGUGUGUGUGUGCAGGUAUGAAAUCUGCAUAGUACUCGGUUCAUCUGAGGUGGCCGUGGGGCUGCUUGUGAGUAUCGUCACCCUGAACAGAUGGAUGGUCCUCUGCCCACUACCAGAGUGUAUGUGGACGAGUUAAAUGGACUAGUCAUAUUAACAUCACUCUCAUAUAAACUGCUGGGCAGUGGCCCAGGCACCAAGGGGGUCCAUACUGUCUUUUACAACAUACCUGUCAAGAUUCGUCUUGGAAAACAGAGAAAAAAGAUUGAUUUGAAGAAGACAAAAAUUAUGUCCUAUCAUGUUUCAUUGACAUGGAUUGAUUCAUACUGUCUUGAGAGCAGGAUAUAAGAGAAAGAACACCUUUGAUAAAGCAUCUUAUUUAUUGAUAAGGAAGAUGUUACUCACCAAGUCAGAUCCCCUUUGACUGAAGCUGGAGACUUUUGAAUUUUGCAUCCAGGAGACUGCCUUCGUGAAGCUUCUCUGACUUCAAACAAGACAAUCCCGUCUGGAUGUAUAUACAGUGCCUUCGGAAAGUAUUCACACCUCUUUACUUAUCCACAUUUUGUUGUGUUCCCGCACAAAUUUAAAAUGUGUUCAAUUGAGUGUGUGUCACUGGUCUACACACAAUACCCCAUAAUGUCAACGUUUAAAAAAAGUAUUCAACCCCUUUGUUAGGGCAAACAUAAACAAGUGCUUAACAAGUCACAUACGGUAAUGCGUUGCGUGGACUCUGUGUGCAAUAAUAGUGUUUCACAUAAUUUUUGAAUGACUACCUCAUCUCUGUGCCCCACAUAUACAAUUAUCAGUAAGGUCCCUCAGUCAAGCAGUGAAUUUCAAAAACAGAUUCCACCACAUUGACCAGUGAGCGUUUCCAAUGCCUCACAAAGUAGGGCACCUAUUGAAUGGUUAAAAUAAAAAUAAAAAACAGAUAUUUCAUAUCCCUUUGAGCAUGUUGAAGUUAUUAAUUACACUUUGGACGGUGUAUCAAUAAACCCAGUCACUACAAAGAUACAGGCGCCCUGCCUAACUCAGUUGCCAGAGAGGAAGGAAACCGCUCAGAGAUUUCACCAUGAGGCCAACGGUGACAUUAAAACAGUUACGGAGUUUACUGCCUGUGAUAGGAGAAAACUGAGGAUCAACAACUUUGUACUGUAGUUACUAAACUAAUUGACAGACUGAAAAGAAGGAAGCUUGUACAGAAUAAAAUAUUCCAAAACAUGCAUCCUGUUUGCAAAAAGGCACUAAUGUAAAACUGCAAACAAAUGUGGCAAAGAAAUUAACUUUAUGUCUUGAAUACAAAGCAUUAUGUUUGGGGCAAAUCCAAUACUACACAUCACUGAGUACCACUCUUCAUAUUUUCACGCAUGGUGGUGGCUGCAUCAUGUUAUGGGUAUGCUUGUCAUCAGCAAGGACAAGGGAGUUUUUUAGGAUAAAAAGAAACAGGAUAGAGCUAAGCACAUGGAAAAUCCUAGAGGAAAACUUGGUUCAGUCUGCUUUCCAACAGACACUGGGAGACAAAUUCACCUUUCAGAAGGACAAUAACCUAAAAUACAAGACCAAAUACACACUGGAGUUGCUUACCAAGAUUACAUUGAAUGUUCCUGAGUGGCCUAGUUACAGUUUUGACUUAAAUCGGCUUGAAAAUCUAUGGCAAGACUUGAUCAAGAACCAACUUGACAGAGCUUGAAUAAUUUUUUAAAGAAUCAUGUGUAAAUAUUGUACAAUCCAGGUGUGCAAAGCUCAUAGAGACUUACCCAGAAAGACUCAAAGCUGUAAUCCCUGCCAAAGGUGAUUCUAACAUGUAUUGACUCAGGGGUGUGAAUACUUAUGUAAAUGAGAUAUUUCUGUAUUUAACUUUCAAUCCAUAUGCAAACAUUUCUGAAAAUGUUUUCACUUUGUCAUUACUCAGUUUUGUGUGAAGAUGGGUGAGAAAAAAUAUAUAUAUUUAAUACAUUCUGAAUUGUAACACAGGUUGUAACACAACAAAAUGUGGAAUAAGUCAAAGGGUAUGAAAACUUUCUGAAGGCACUGUAGACAAUGGUUUUCUGUGAUGUGUGUUUGUUCUCCUUGUAAAACCCAGUUCAGUUUCGAUCACACACUAUGUUUACUGCGCCUUGUUACUACCAUUCAUCUGAAGAAAGUCAUUACUCUCUGAUUUAUAUUUGGCUCAGACCUUAGAUGCUAGCACAGCCAAUGAUGGGCAGAAUAAGAGAGCAUGCAUGCGAAUGAGAGAGAGGAGUGGUAGCAGCAAUGAAAAGAAUAGCUUAUUAUCGGUUUAUUGCUCUUUUUGUCCCUUUGCUUCUUCCUUUAUUGAUAGAAUUUCAGAAUACGGGAACAGAAAAACAGUACAACAUCCCAACCCCUAUCCACCCACUCACCCAUCCCUACCUCCCACCCACCCACCAAGGUAUCAUACAAGGUUAUCACAGAAAAUUCAAUUAAAUAGGACCAAAACGUUAACAGUAAUAGGAACAAAAACAAUGGAAAAAGUGACAUCAAAUUCAUAAUUAUAGUUGAAUCUUAUCAGCACAACAUGUGGCCACUAGAACAGACAUGACUGCUUACUAAAAUAUACAAGUGACACUGUGUAAAAGACAGGCUCUCCACGUAUUGUAUGAAUGGAGACCAGGUUUAGUCUAACUUUUGUCGGGACCCAAGCACAGUGUACCUAAUCUUUAUCCAGAGGCAGAGAUGACAUUAAGUCCUUAACCCACUGCGUAAGGAAGGCGGCUUUGCAGACUUCCAGUGAAAGAGGGCAAGGCAGCGCGCCAGCAGCGAGGCCAAUGCUUUCGCAUUCGCCUGAUGCUUGGUAACAUUCUGAUCAAGGGGAAGCACUCCAAAAAUAGCAUUGAAUGGGUUGGGGCUAAGAGUCGUAUUACACAUAUGUGGAAAUGCCUCAAAAAUGGGGUCCCCAGAAGCCUACACAAAGAUCGGCAUGACCAAACCAUGUGUCCAACAGUCGUUGGACUCUGGUGGCAUCUCAAACACUUAGGGGUCAACAUUUGGAUAUAUGUUUGCCAAUCUGUCAUUUUAGUAAUGGAGACGGUGCAAAAUUUUGAACUGAAUGAACCUAUGCCUCAUGCAAAAUGAUGAGGUGUGGAUACCCUCAAUGAUAUGUUGCCCAGGAAGGCGGAUUAACAUUCUGUAGUAUGUCGUAUUAUCUGGAGAUUGUGCCCUUCAGAUAGGGGUUAAGAUCUAAGCACUUCUCGACUGGACACUUAGCGGGGUCGACUGGAAAUGAAGGGAAAUGUUUUUUUUUAGCAAAGCUGUGAGUUUGCAGAUACCUAAAAAAAGUGGGUGUUGGGAAUAUUAUGGUCAACCCUCAGAGUUUUGAAUGAGCUGAUGUGUCAAUCUGUGAUGCCGGGUAGACAUGAUUAGAUGUUAAUGCGGAGAAAGAAGCACUUUGGUUGUUGAAGGCAAUUUCGGAAUUGGGACCAGAUUUUUUAGGUUCUUGAUAAUGGGAUUCAAAACAUGUGUGCCAAGGUUCAUGGGCAGUGGGGAGCACAGGAAUGAGACAGGAGUAGUUGGAAGGCUUGACUGUAUCUCCAUGAAAGCCCAAAUUGGACCAUCCUUGUUUUCAAAUGUCGAAACCAAAUAAACACAUUUAAAUAUGUUUGCUGA